UAAAUGUUGGACAUGCCACAAAUGCUGUAGAAGACAGAGUUCAGGUGAUCAUUUCAAUUGAAGCAUUUAUCAACAGUGAUUACAGACAGUCCAAUUACAUCCACUAUCCAAUCAUGGAACAGACUCGUCAUUUAAACAAAACAGCAGAGGUCCAACCUUCAAGACCAGGGAAAACAAGGCGCUGUGAUGGAUUCAAGAUGUUUUUGGCAGCCCUCUCACUCAGCUAUAUAUGCAAGGCACUAAAUGCAAUCGUUAUGAAAAGUUCUAUCACGCAAAUAGAAAGGAGAUUUGACAUACCAUCUUCCACUUCUGGUUUGAUUGAUGGAGGAUUUGAAAUUGGGAAUUUGAUGGUUAUUGUAUUUGUGAGUUACUUUGGAUCUAGACUGCACAGACCAAAGUUGAUUGGAAUUGGUUGUUUCAUCAUGGGCCUUGGGAGUAUUAUGACUGCAAUGCCACAUUUCUUCAUGGGAUAUUACAGGUACUCAGAAAAUGACAUCAGCUCUUUAAGCAACUCCACACUGAUGUGUUUAGUUAAUCAAACUACAUCAUUCACUGAAACAUCACCUGAGAUAGUGGGAAAAGGUUGUGAAAAGGGAUCCAAGUCACGCAUGUGGGUUUAUGUGUUAAUGGGGAACAUGCUUCGUGGCAUAGGAGAAACACCAAUAGUGCCCCUGGGAAUUUCCUAUAUUGAUGACUUUGCAAAAGAAGGACACUCUUCUUUGUACUUGGGUAUUCUGCAUACAGUAGCAAUGAUUGGUCCAAUCAUUGGCUUUAUCAUGUCAUCUGUGUUUGCCCGGUUAUAUGUAGACAUUGGAUACGUAGACCUGAGCAGCAUUCGAAUAACUCCUGGUGAUGCACGUUGGGUUGGUGCCUGGUGGCUCAGUUUUCUUGUGUCUGGAUCAUUAUCCAUUAUUGCUUCCAUACCCUUCUUUUUUCUACCCAAAAUUCUAAAGACAUCGCAGAAGCAAAGGAAAAACUCAUCAUCUCCAAAUGUACUCCAAACAGAUAAAGAAAAGAAUCACAUGACUAAUUUGAUCAAACAAGAGAAAAAAGCUCCUGCCAACAUGACUGGUUUUCUAAAGUCUCUGAAAAGUAUCCUUACCAACCACCUGUAUGUUAUAUUCUUGGUACUGACAUUACUACAAAUCAGCAGUUUUAUUGGCUCCUUUACUUACCUCUUCAAGUUUAUAGAACAACAGUUCUCCCGGUCAGCAUCAGAUGCGAACUUUGUAUUAGGAGUUAUAACCCUACCUGCUAUGGCAUCUGGAAUGUUUUUAGGAGGAUAUAUCAUUAAAAGAUUCAAAUUUACCGUGAUUGGAAUUGCCAAGUUUGCAUUUUUCACGACUUCAGUGUCUUAUGUGAUUCAUCUGUUAAAUUUUCCUCUAAUCUGUGAAAACAAAUCAUUUGCUGGUCUAACCUUGACUUACGAUGGAAUGAACUCAGUGGACUCCCACAUAGAUGUACCACUUUCGUAUUGCAAUUCAAACUGCAGUUGUGAUAAAAGUCAAUGGGAACCCAUCUGUGGGAAGAAUGGAGUGACCUACAUUUCCCCUUGUCUGGCAGGAUGCAAAUCGUCUAGUGGUAAUAGGAACUCUAAUAGUACAGUAUUCUAUGACUGCAGUUGUAUCAGAGAUUCUGAUCUCCUGAGCAGCAAUUUCUCAGCCCGUUUGGGUGAAUGCCCAAGAAACAAGUGCAAAAACAACUAUUACUUUUAUAUAGCUUUGCAAGUCUUAAAUUCUUUCUUUGUUGCAUUGGGAAGCACCUGUUUUAUGAUGAUUCUGAUGAAGACUGUCCAACCUGAAUUGAAAUCACUUGCAAUGGGUUUCCAUUCGCUGGUUGUUCGUACACUAGGAGGAAUUCUAGCUCCAAUCUAUUAUGGGGCCUUAAUUGACAAAACCUGUAUGAAGUGGUCUGUCACCAGUUGUGGAGUGCGAGGGGCUUGUAGGGUAUAUAACUCUACAUUGUUUGGAACCAUCUAUUUGGGUUUGAAUGCUUUGUUAAAGACUCCAGCACUUAUUUUAUAUGUUGUAUUAAUUUAUGCCAUGAAGAAAAAAUAUGACAGAAAAGACAACAAGACACUGGGAAAUGAUGGGAAAGUGAUAGAUGAAGCAAAUCCAGAAUCUUUAAAUAAAAAUGGGUACCAUUCUGUGCCUGCUGGUGGAACGUGCAAUGAGACACCCCUUUAAAGCAAGAAGAUGUACCUGUUGCUGUGCUUCCAAACACUUUUCUUGUCCUUUCAUUGAAGAUUUUCAUAUUUUACAUAUGAUGAACAAUGGCUCAACUAUGACUUUGUAAUGAGAAGAAACUACAAAUCAGAAGGAACAGGAGCAUUGUUCUUAGGGUAUAGCUGUGCACUCGAGGCUAGGUUUGGAGUAUGUGGUCUGUACAAAUUUAAAGCAUGAAUGUUUGUUAGUUUACAACAGAAAAACAACUAUUCACUUAAGCAUUCACAACUCAAAAAAAAUAAGUGACUAGGAUUGUAAUAUAUUAUCUGUACAAAUUUAAAGCAUGAAAAUUAGUUUACAAUAGGAAAAAAGGUAUCCACUUAAGCAUUCAUAACUCAAUAAAAUAAGUGUCUAGGAUUUGCAGAGUGGCAAAGGACGGAGAGAAAUUGGUUGUCUGCAUAUUGAGAAACACUGGGUUUCUUUAAAUGUCAAAGUCUGAAUAGUUUUAUUCUUGCCUGAAAUCUCUGCUGAUGGGAAUCAUGACAUAACAUCCUCUGGUGUCCAUGUUAAGUUUUAUAUUUUAAAGAAUUACUCAUUUGAAAAUGUGUUUCACAGCACACACAUCUUCUUUGUGCAUGCUCUCAUAUUAUUGACAAAUGAAACAGAAACAUUAAAAAAUGAAAAAAAAAGUUAUUUUCAGAAAACUUAACACAGAUUUUAAGAUUCAUAGGAAUGGAUUGGAAAACUCCACAUUUGCUAAAGAAAGAAAAGACCAUUGAAUAAAUGAGGCUUCACUCCUCUUGUCAGCUCUCUGAGACAAGUGUAUGCCAGACAAAGUGUGUAGGAGAAAGCAUCAGAGUUCAUCAUUUAUCCGUGAUGUAUUUGUCUGUUGUUUGUU